GCUAACGGCAGCGCAUGCGCGACGCUUGAAACAUUCAUCGGUUGUGCGUGUGCGGCUCACAUCAAUGUUAUUCGUAUAAAAACAAUAUUUGUUUUUGACAUGUCUGCUAAGCUUAUGUGCUAUGUGCCGCGUUUGAAACAUGCUUAGAAUUCGCAAGCCGAUUCAAAAAAAUAGAAAAGAACAGCAAAAGUGACAACCAAAAAAUAGAAAAAGAUUCCCUAAAGAAACCAAAUUAAACAAAGCUUAAAAGAAUGCGGGAACGCAGUCAAACAGCUCCGCGACGACGUCGUGCGGGUCCCAAACAGGCAUUGCCUGUGGUGGAAUCACCCUACAACAUUGACAACACAGAGGAUAUUUAUGGGACGACUCUCUUGCCCUCACAGCGCUGCUAUGUGGAUCCCUGGGAUCUGGAGAAUUACGAUUAUGUGCGCAAGAAAAUGGACACAGAUGUUGCCCCAGCUGCGGUGCCCGACUAUGAGACGGCUCUGGACUACGAACAGGCAUCGCAGUCGCCAAGUCCAACGGCGGCGCCAGUUUAUGGCUAUGGCAAUGGCUUGACCAUGGCCUCCACCAUGCCACGCCCACACACGAGACGCGUAUCACGUAAUCAGUGUCAGCUGGAGUGCUGUCGUCUCCCAACUCACGUCCAAAGUCAGAGUCGCAGUCGCAGCAUGCUGCACAAGGAACCGAUUUAUGCGGCACGCAGUGAACUCUAUGGGGCACCACCUAGUCGCUAUGAUGACUAUAUGGCCACCAUGACCAGGCAGCUGCAUCUGGACGAUGACUACCAGCCGGAGCAGGAUCUGUAUGCCGAGCAGCGGCAGCUUUACAACGGCUAUGGAGGUGUAUCCAGUGCCAGCUCGACCGAGCAGCACUCAUCCAUCGGCGGCGAUGAGAUGCCUUCCAUGCCGCUGCCACGAAGAGCGGCCACAAUGCAGCGUCGUCCCAUGCCCAGUCAAGAGAAGCGUCCCAGCUAUGGCACAGGAUACGGCACAGCGCCGCAUCCGCGACGCAAGCGAAGCGCAGCUACCAAGUCAAUGGCAGCCAAUCUGACAGCACCACAGAUUGAUUUCCCCGCACCACCGCCGCUCUCGCCCGCCUAUGACUAUUGCAAUCCCUAUGCUACGAUGCCCUAUUGCAGCCUACCGGAUUGUGCCGAGUGCCAACAGCAGGCGACCUCUCUCAUCUAUGCCGCCCCAUCCACGCUCUACGGCACUCUGGCGGGCGGAAGAGCGGCCGCAAUGCAGUCAUGCGAUUCACCCAGCGACUCGUCGCUCUACGCCGGAAUUUAUGCCCGUAAAUUUGGCUUGAGCAAGAAGGGUCUGUUGCAGAUCGAUUAUUCCUGCAGCUGGAAUGAUUUAGAUCGUGUCAUGGGUCGUAACUACUGAGCGACUUUUACAUACUGUGCUUGGUCUUGGGUUUGGUUUAGUCUCUAGUUAAACUAUUCUUGGUUAAGAUCAAAGAUCAGCUCAAAGCGUCAUGCUGCACUUAAGUCAUAAACAUACAUGCAUACAUACAUACAUAUGUACAUCAAACUCACCCAUAUUGUAUACACACACAACAAAUUCGUACCAAAUAAUUAAAAAUCUUUAUGUUUAGAAAUGUUUUGUUUAACUUUUUGAAGGUCUUUCAUUUAAUUGAGCGCAUUGUUAUAAAAAGGGAUG